AUGGAGCUGUCUGCCGUCGGGGAGCGAGUGUUCGCAGCCGAGUCGAUUAUCAAACGCAGGAUAAGGAAGGGUCGGCUCGAGUAUCUGGUGAAAUGGAAGGGCUGGUCUCCAAAAUACAGCACGUGGGAACCGGAAGAAAAUAUUCUGGAUUCGCGUCUGUUUGCGGCAUUUGAGGAGAGGGAGCGAGAACGGGAGCUAUUUGGGCCCAAGAAGAGAGGUCCGAAACCUAAGACCUUUCUGCUCAAGGCCCAGGCAAAAGAAACCACCAAGUCUUAUGAGUUUCGGAACGAGGCAGUGCGAGGGAUGCAGAUUCGCUACCCCACACCGGAGCCCGUUGUCACCCCGAGGGCCAGAGAAGGCCUGAGAUCUGUUGUUCCCACCAUUUUCCCACCAAGCACUAUCAACCGAGGAGAAAGCAUGCUCGUGGGCCCUUCAGAUGAGGAACAAGUUUUCCCCGAAGUGCUUGAGCACGUCCCCAAAAAGAGAGGGCCCAAGCCCAAACUGCGUUUAAAUGACGACGUGUGCGCAAACUCCGAGUUCGCGAGCCACAGCCCUCCAAAACUGCUGAAGGUGCAGAGUAAUCGAGAGGGAUUAAUCAAAGUUGGGCAUCACAGAUACCAAGGCAACCACGGCCACAGCCAUAAGCACCGCCAUAGGCACCAUCAUCAUUCACACGACCGGCCUAUGACAGCAGAGGGAUCUUACAAGCAGCUUUGCGCAGGGAGCGACCUGCAUUUGCAGAGCAAGGACCCUCAUAGGACUAAAAACGGCUCAGGCCUGCAGCCCAAACUUCUGGCAGCUCGCCCCACACAGCUCCUGCCCACGGAAAAGCCUUACUUUCUGGACAAGCAGUCCCCGAGCCGACUUGACGUGGACUUGGAUGAUGUGACGUGGCGGCCCUCACUGUGCAGCGUGGAGAAGGUUCUGGUGACCGAUGUGACAUCCAACUUCCUGACUGUCACAAUCAAGGAGUGCAACACUUCUAAAGGCUUCUUUAAGGACAAGAGAUGA